UCCCAUCGGUCAGUCGUCGCUAGACAGUCACAACGUUCGGUUCAUUUAUUAUCUCGGACAAACUAAAAACGUCAUUUGGUGUUAUUUUAUUAUUCAUCGACAGUUAAACUUUGGAAUAAAAAACGAGUCGUGUGUUAUGUGCUCCAUCGACCACGAGGAAGAGGAUGAGUGGAAAGAAGACGACUCAGAAAAUUCGUGGAUGAUCAUCAUGUGCCAUGGAAUUGAAAAAAAAUAUUGAGGACCAAGGCUCUCAUUCAAGAAAUGGACAGACUUCACGUUUCACAAUGAUAGACUCCAACAAUCAGACGAGCUCCAGUGGUCUGGCAACGGCCCUUCGGGACCGUUCAAGCUGCACAAUUCCAAAUCAACCGAACCGAUCACUGCCAGUUCGUCCAGCUCCCCACAUCCCCUGCAGAACUAUUCUCCCCCAGCGGACCCUCUCAUCUUCCUCCACCACUGCCACCGAAAACCCUGAACCCGAAUCAGUUACGACUUCAUCAGACCGAUCGUCCCAUGAUCCAACAGUGGGUCUCAUCAGAAUCCAAGUACCCCAUUGGCACAAGGACAUCCGCCAGCCCUACAUUAACAUUGUGAACCUGUCGACCCUGCACACCACAUCGGAGACCCGAGGGCUGAAGAGAAAGCCACCAGAAUCAGAAGACAACGUGAGCACUUCAAACUGCAAUUUGAUUGACAUUUCCCACAGUCCAGAUCGCUCUGACAAUGGAAAAUUGCACUCACCAUCAUCAGCGACAGGAGAUGAUUCACCGCAGAGACUUCACCUGGAGGAGGACACAUCGACGAUGAAGAAGAAACGUAAACGAAAGGCAAAGAAAGACGAGGAGAAGAUGGAGAUUAAUGUUGAGGUCCAGCCAUCGAAGAUAGUUCCACCACUGAGACUGAAGAAGAUUCAGAGCCUGCAGGAGGACAUAACGAGUUGUCCAACCUGGAUAAAUCCCAAGAAACCUGAUGAUCAGCCACAUGAAGUGAUUCCGGGCUUCAGGUUUUACCAGCCUAGACCACCAGAUCCUGAAAUAACAAAAGACGCCUCGAAUUAUCGUAUCGUUACUGGAACAACUCCACCUUAUGAUGAGUACGUUGACUCCAGCACUGUCAAGGCUCUUCAUAAAGUGUCAAGAGAUGUUGAACAGAAUCACAAGGACGAGGAUGUCAGUUUCAGGCAAAAUAAAUUGAAACUCAAACUUAAGGAUUUGAAGAAAAAAACUGUCGAACUGGGGAGAGAGAUGUUGAGAACAGCAAUGACGUCACCUGAUAAUUCAGCUCAGGAGGCACCUGUUGAGGAGCAAAUCAAGAAAUUAACGAGUUUAUUGAAGAAACUGCCAGAAGCUGCUGCAAGAGCUGAUGCUGAUUGUCAGCUGGACGACAUUCCAGGGCCUAUCGUCACAUCAACAAUCUCUGGAAUUCGCCAAUCAUCACCGAUGAGCUCAUCAUCGUCCCCAGAACCUCCAAAGCUCUCCCCCAAGGCCCCGAUUGAGUUGGUGAGUUCGUUGAAUGUUCACCAGGUCAGAGACACUCCUCCAGUACUCGCCAAAGCAACUGCCAUUCAUGGGGAGGACACGGAGGACACCUGGCAGGAGUUCGAGGGCUUGAGAGGUCUCUUGAAGAUUUCUAAAAAGGGAAAGGACAGGAAGACAGAUAAAUCUGUCGUCGCUUCGUCUGUUAUCACGACGACGAGUGAUAAUUCAGAUUAUGAAGAAAUUGAUCUUGAUAAGAAACCGCAGAUGGUGGGGCUGGAGAUCAAUGACAGUACAAAAUCGGAGAUUAAUCAGGUGAAAUUGAGUAAUCAGGUGAGGGCUGUCAAGAUUAAAACUCUCAUGGGGAGCCCUGACAUUCCAGAAGUCAUUAAAAUCGACCUGAGGAAGACCCCGAGUCCUGGUGCGAUGAUGAUCGAUACUACGAGUGUACGUCAAGAGUUCGAGAAGAGGUCUAAUUCGUCUCAUGUCAUGGCAGGAGACUCCGUCAACCUUGAGGCUGCCCUGAGUAUGCAGGUGCCCGAGGGGAACAUCCGGGGGAUUAGAACCCCGGCCCCAAUUAUUUCGUCACUGGCAGAGGCUCCAAAACAACCAACUUCCUUGGAGGAUUGUUUGAACAUGAAUAAUCCAAAGGAUUUGAUGAUUGCUGAUCAGUUUCCCAGUCUGGGCAAUUGGCUCGCCAGAAUGUCAGCUAAAAUUCCCAGUGAGACCAAAAAUCUCCCGAAGAAGGUGUCCAAUGAACAAGUUGUCAUUGAGGGGAGAAAUCCUGGUUAUCAACCGAGUGUUCAGGUGUACAAUCAGGGAAACGGAAAGACUGGAAGUUUGGAAUUGAAUUCGAGUGGUGGGACAGGUCGGGAGAAUGGGAGACAGUGGAGGGAGGGAUGGGAGGGGCAGGAUGGAAGAGGACAAGUUGGUCAGGAGUAUGGAAAUGGUGGAGUGGGAAUGGGUAAUCAGAUGCAGACGAUCCAGCAGAAUCAGCAGAUGACACAAGAGUUUUGUUCACCUGCGUUGCCUCUGGGAAGAUAUUAUCCCAGGAAUUAUUCCGUGGAUCCAUACACAAUUCCAUACGGCUACAAUCAUCCAUCGCUGGCAGCAGCAUCACUCUGGAACGGAGCUCUCCUCCAAUAUCCCUUCAUGCGCCCUCGAGGUAUUCUCCAGGGCUACCAGCCCCGUUUCCCCGGCAACGUAAUGCAGUACAAUAUGUCCCCAGGAUCAAUGCCCCAGCAGAGGGCCCCACCCCCUCCCUAUCCCCUUCCUGUUGACCCGCAAGUACCUCAAGAUCCAAAAAGAGGGACAGAGGUCCCCAGAAAUGGUCUAGGUAAUUACGAUUCAAAUGUCCUGGCCAAGAGAACCGACUACCCCCAAGUGUCGAUGCCCCAGGGGCCCAGCUACCCUGGCCAAAGGGUCCAACAGUCCCAGAUCGCCAGGGACCAAUAUGCCAAGACUUACGUAGAGACAAAUUCCAGGAUAACAACCUCUGAUACCUCAAGGGAACAGAUGAACUACAGACAGGCCUGGAGGGGACCUAUGUUACCUCCAGGAUCCAUCGGUAUGAGAAAUUACCCCAUCAACACCAACUGGACAUCGGAUCCUUGCUCACUCCUGGCUGCUCUCGCUCCAGCGACACUUCAAAACUUCACCACACCCAUGCCCAUGGUCCAGAGAAUGAGAAAUCCAAAGGAACAAGUGAAUCAAACCAGAAACUGUGAAACUCCUCAUUUAGGAAAAGUUAAUUAUUCUCCGAAUACAGCUAGAACUCUUGAGUGUUCAAAUUGUGCCUUACCAGGACCUCUGUUCAAGUGUCUUGGAUGUGAAGUUGCUUUUUAUUGUGAUGAAACAUGCCAGGCUAGACACUGGAGUCGACACGUCGUCAGUUGUCCCAAAAAAAUGCCCAAGCUCAAAAAAGUCGUGCCUUAAGUAUUUUUUAUUCUGUGGAGUCAUUGGUUUUUUUUAAAUACUGUUGAUGAAAGUGAAACUGGCGGAUAUUUUCUGAGGGGAAAAGCUGUCUGGGGAACUUGCAAUAUUAUUAGGAUAACAAUUAGUAAACAAUUUUGCUGGAUUUUUGUUUUUUUUUCAUGGAAUUUCUAGGGAAUUAUAUUUUACACUUAAAUUUUGGAGAUAAUUUUCGAUUUUCCAUGACUAAAUACUUCGCUAGUUUCAGUUUCAUGUGGGGUAAGAGAUAAGUGUUAAUUAGUAUGAAUUGUUUUUAUAUUUUAGCAGAGGUGAUGAGAAAACGAAACAUAAAUUUUGAAAUUUGUAUUGACGAUCGAAACAGUGAAAGCAAAAUUCUCAGGAUGAAAAUGAAUUUAUUUCAUCUGAUAUUGAAUUCUCAAUUGACGUUUGGGAGAGGAAAUAUGUACUCGUUUCGUUCCAUCUCUUUUAGAUUUUUUUAAGAUAAUCACAUACACUGAUGUGUAUGAAAAAGUGAAAAUAAGUGCCAUUGUCAUUGUUAAAUGUGGCACCAAGUGUUCAGUCAAUAUUUUUCGAAUGAUUGAGAAAAUGAUGCCAAAGGUGUUAGAAGAGUGUUUAAGUGUAUUAAUGUAUGAAGUAUAAAAGAAUUUCCAUCUGUUUUUUCUCUAUUAAUUUUUAAUCGUUUUCAAAUGCUUUUUUAUUACAUCAGUGGAAAGUAAUACGCUUAAUGGUAUUUUCUAGUGUUAAUUGGUCGUGAGUGAAAGCAUGUUCAUAGAGGUUUGAUAAUUCCUCGUAAUGAUUAUUCGUGAUGAAUAACAUGUACAAAAUGAUGAGUUAUGUAAAAUAGUUCUACCCUUGGAUCGGUAGUUUACCGACCGCUUACGUUGCCUUCAAAUAUUUUCAAUAGUUCAAUUGUUAAUCUAAUUGAAUGAGUAAAGUUCGAAAAAAAACCCUCAUAGUCAGUAUUAUUUAAAUUCAAUUUCGAAAAGUAUUGAUAUUUUUUCAAAAUAUUCUCUUCUUAUAAAUAAAUAAUAAAACUUGUGUCUUAGACGGUGGAUUAUUUUUCACGAAAUGUAAAUCAAUUUCUGGAGAUUUUAAAGUCUAAUGAUAAAAAAUUCAGAGUUUUUUGUGGCAAGUUCAGUUGGUUUUUCUUUUUUUGGAAAACCUUAAACAAUAAUUAAAUUCACGAAAAAAUCAAUUGCAAAUACGAUCGAGCUUUCUCAAAUUUCUGUACAGUUUUCGACAAUUUUUGAAUUUACUAAAAGGGUAGAGCUACUUAACUAAAAACAAACUUUAUUCAAAAAGUACAAAGAGAAAAAUUAAACCGUUAAAAUUCUGUGAUCGAUUGACAACGAGCAAAAAUAGAAUCUUAUUAGAAAAUACAGAAAAAAAAAUUGGACGUUUUUUCGAUAUUACAUUGCACAAUGUCAAUUAAACCAGAGUAAAUCAUCCAAAGACUUGAAUAUUUUUCUAUGUUGUAUUGAUCGACAUUAAAGAAAUUUUAAAUACAA